UAAUGCUUUGCUAGGACAUGAUAAUUGCUUAACAAAGUCUUCCGCAAAAGUGCACAACAUUAAUAGUCUAAUAACCAAUCUUAAUGCAUGUAAAAAAUCUAGGCAGUGCGGCAUAAACACUAAUAAUUUAAUUACAAUUACUACUUUAGAUGAUCAACUUAUUAAAACUAUAAAAAUAGAUUAUAGAUUAAAUAAAAAAUACACACAGAGUGGCGCUAACAAAAAUAACUUAAGUUUCUGUCUCAAACAUCAAUAACACACAUAGAAUUCAGCUCUGCUCCUCCGAAACAUUAAAUAUGGCAAUAUUAAAUGUUAGAGCAUUAACUAACAAGACGUUUAUCAACAAUCUUAUUAGUGAUAGAAAAAUUGUAUUGCACUAAGUGAAACGUGGCUUAGCUCAGACAGUGCGGCUGUUUUAAUCGAAUCUGCUCCUCCGAAUUACAGUUUUACUCGUGUGGAUCGCCAAGGAAAGAAAGGCGGCAGCUUGUCAAACAUUUACUCAAGCCGGUUAAAGUGUAAAGAUGUCAGUUUUGGUGAAUUCAAGUCCUUCGAGUAUCUCGCCGUUAUUAUUCAUGGAGAUUCUCACUUUCUAGUAUUAUCCGUGUAUAGACCUCCUAAAUUUAACGCAUCUUUCUUUGAGGAAUUCUCAGACUUAAUGUCAAUUGUAAUUACGAACUAUGACACACUCUUAAUAGUCGGCGACUUUAACUUUCAUAUCGAUAAUCAGUGUGACCAAAAAGUAAAAGAAUUCAUGAACCUCCUAGACUCUUUUGACUUGAGACAGCUCGUUAAUCAGCCUACACAUAAAGCAGGUCAUACGUUAGACUUAGUAAUUACCAAAGGACUAAAAGUUGAUGUAAAGCAGGUCAUUGAUAUUGGUCUAUCAGACCAUUUUCUUUUACUAUUUAAUAUAGAAAUAAUGAUAGAAAACAUUCAUGAGAAGCAUAUUGUUAAAAAACAGUUCUUUGAUUCACCAGCAUCUUUAAAACUUACAAACAUUCUAAGCAAUCAGUCAGUUUAUAGUGCUAACUAUAAUAGCGAGUAUAAUGUAAAUAAUAAGGUGGAAAAAUUUAAUACUAAGGUGAGAGCUGCUGUUGACAUAGUUGCACCUGAAAAUACAGUUAAAAAAUCUUCUAGCAUUGUUAUACCAUGGAAGACCCAAAGAGUGUCUGAUUUAAAGAGAACAUGCUGGAGAGUUGAGCGUAAAUGGAGGAAAACUAAACUAACUAUCCACUAUGAAAUAUUGAAGGUUAAAAUAACAGAAUACAAUAACACAGUCGGUCUUGAGAGGCACUGCUAUUUCUCUAAGAUUAUAAAUAACAAUGCUAGUAAUCCCAGAGUCUUAUUCUCUAUGAUUGAUCGUCUGCUAAACCCAGGUAACGCAAAGGAAUGCCUCCAAAAUACUUCCAGUGAAACCUGUGAGGGUAUCACUGUAUUUUUCAAUCAAAAAAUUAAUGAUAUUAGAAAUAAUAUAGUAUAUCUCCCCAACACUGCAGAUCCUCCUAAGCCCCAGUACUCCGUUAUAAACAAAUUAAAUUCUUUCACCAGGAUAGAUUUACCGGAUUUACAUAAAAUAAUUUCUCAACUGAGACCCUCCACUUGCGUCCUUGACCCAAUACCAACAAGUUUUUUCAAAGAAGUAUCGGGCGUGCUAUUUGAUAAUAUUCUUGACAUAGUAACUUGUCAUUAGAUACGGGGGUCUUCCCAGACUGUCUUAAGACUGCUGUAGUUAAACCCCUACUCAAGAAAAAUAAUCUUGACCCCUCUGCUUUUGAAAAUUUUAGACCCAUUUCUAACCUGCCUUUCUUAAGUAAAAUUUUAGAGAAGGCAGUCAUUAUGCAGUUAAAUGACCAUCUCAAUAAACAUGCUAUUCUUGAUAAAUUUCAGUCAGGUUUUAGAACAAAUCACAGCACAGAAACUGCACUCGUUAAAGCAGUAAAUGACUUGCGGGUAAAUGCAGACGGAGGCCAUUAAUCUGUUCUCAUCCUCUUAGAUCUGGUAUCCGUCAAUAAGGGCGCGUACAAAAAGGCGACCUUCACAAGGGCGACCUCAAUUGGGCGCGGUGAAUAAAAGCGCACAUAAAUAAAAGCGAUCUUCAAAAGGGCGACCUCAAUUGAGCGCCGAAUAAAGGCGAGCUUCAAAAGGGCGACCUCAAUUGAGCGCCGAAUAACUGCGCGCAUAAAUAAAGGAGUGCUUCAAAAGGGUGACGUCAAUUGGGCGCAGCGAAUAAUGUCAAACGCAACAAAAUUAUUACAGAAAAUUUAUUAGAUAAAGGCAAUGAUUGAACGUAUAAAAAGGUGAAAGCAAGAAUAUUAAAACAUCCAAUUAAUUAAUGCAUGAACUUCUGAUGAACUACUUCUAACAAACUAUUUCUAAAGCUCUCUAUAUAUCGUUGUUUUCAAAAUUACAGAAAAUUAGAUUAAGGCAAUGACUGAACAUAUUUCGUUGUUUUCACAUUAGAUUAAGGCAAUGACUGAAUGUAUAAAAUGGUGAAAGCAAGUUACACUUGAAGCUGUAGAUUAUGUGCAAUCCUAUAUUCAGUGCAUUUCCAGAUGUGUUUCCCGUUGAUAGUUUUCUCCUUUCUGAAUGUAUAGCCUUCGACUACGAGUAGAUCUGCACCUUUGUUGCUCUUCCCAUAUUCCAGAGCCAUUUCAACUACAUUAUCUACGAACGCCUUUACUUGCCGUGCUCAAUUGAGGUCACCUUUUUGAAGCACUCCUUUAUUUGAGCGCGCAUUUAUUUGGCGCUCAAUUGAGGUCGUCCUUUUGAAGCUCGCCUAUAUUUACGGGCGCCUUUAUUCGGCACUCAAUUGAGGUCGCCUUUAUUUACGUGCGCCUUUAUUCGCCACGCCCAAUUGAGGUCGCCCUUUUGAAGGUCGCCUUUUUGUGCGCGCCCUUAUUGAAUAGAACCCUUAGAUCUGAGUGCCGCAUUUGACACCACUGAUCACAACAUUCUUAGAAACCGCCUUAGUCAAUGGGUGGGCCUCUCUGGCAGUGUCUUAAAUUGGUUUGAAUCCUACCUGGCAGGGAGAAAAUUCUUUGUUAGUUGUGAUAAUUAUACUUCAAAGACACAUGAUAUUCUAUAUGGUGUUCCACAAGGCUCUAUCCUGGGUCCGUUGUUCUUCUCAAUCUACUGUACAUGCUUCCGUUAGGUCAGAUUAUCUCGGGGCACAACGUGAGCUACCACAGCUAUGCUGAUGACACACAGCUGUAUUUAUCAAUUGCACCCGAUGACCCAGACACUGUUAUUUCACUAACACAAUGUCUUACUUGUGUUUCUAAUUGGAUGAAUAGUAAUUUUCACAAGCUAAAUAAAGAGAUAACAGAAAUUUUAGUGAUUGGCAAUAAUGGAGACAAUAAGAUUAUUAGAAAUAAACUUGAUGCGUUAGGAUUAAAAGUCAAGACGGUGGUAAAGAACUUAUGGGUAACUGUUGACUGUAACCUGAAUUUUAAAUCGCAUAUUAAUCAGACCACUAGGACAGCAUUUUUUCACUUAAGAAAUAUAGCAAAAGUUAGACCUCUUAUAUCAUUGAAAGAUGCUGAGAAAUUAGUUCACGUUUUUGUUUUCAGUCGUCUAGAUUACUGUAACGCACUCCUCUCAGGACUACCCAAAAAAGACAUAAAUCGUUUGCAACUAGUGCAGAAUGCAGCGGCUAGAAUCCUAACUAGGAAAAGAAAACCCGAGCACAUUUCUCCAGUUUUAAUGUCACUACAUUGGUUACCUGUGUCAUUCAGAAUUGACUUUAAAAUACUGCUUAUGGUUUACAAAGCCUUAAAUAAUCUCGCCCCAUCUUAUAUAUCAGAAUGUCUGACACCCUAUAUUCCAAAUAGUAACCUUAGAUCCUCAAUGAGUGUCUGCUUAGAAUUCCAAGAGCAAAACUUAAAAGAAGUGGUGAUGCGGCCGUCUGCUGUUAUGCACCUAAAAUCUGGAAUAGCCUGCCAGUAGGAAUUUGCCAGGCUAAUACAGUGGAGCACUUUAAAAAACUGCUGAAAACACAUUACUCUAACAUGGCUUUCUGAUAACUUCACCUUCAUUUAAUCCUGAUACUCUGUAUAUUCAAUUCAUUAUAAUAACUAUUCAUGGUGGUUCUAAAAUCCGUACUAACCCCUACUCUCUCUUCUGUUUCUUUUCCCGGUUUUCUGUGGUAGCGACCUGUGCUGCCACCACCACCAACUAAUCAAAGUACCAAGAUGUUCCUACAUUGAUGGAUUAAAAGCCAGAAGUCUACAUGACCAUCAUCAUCAAGUCCUUCCAUGAGAACCCUAAAUACAAAGUGGACUGUUUCAUUUAUGUUAGGUAGAAUGCCCAGAGGGGGCUGGGCGGUCUCAUGGCCUAGAAACCCUACAGAUUUUAUUUUUUCUCUCCAGCUGUCUGGAGUUUUUUUUUUUUGUUUGUUUUUUUCUGUCCUCCCUGGCCAUCGGACCUUUCUCUUAUUCUAUGUUAAUUAGUGUUGUCUUAUUCUAAUUCUUACUUUGUCUUUUAUUUCUCUUUUCUUCAUUAUGUAAAGCACUUUGAGCUACAUUAUUUGUAUGAAAAUGUGCUAUAUAAAUAAAUGUUGUUGUUGUUGAUAUUCCACUACUUGUAGAUUGUCUAAUUCGUGCUGCCAUCAGGGAAAAGUAGUGUUUCUUCCCAGUGAAGCGGCGUAUCCGUGAGAAUGAAAAGAUUUGUUAUUUGGUGAAAGUGAAAUCCACAUACGCAAGCA